UGCUGGCUUGUCCCGGAGGCCAAGAGAGCGUUUACCUCUGUGGUCGCAUUCCCUUGGGAGUCCGGCAGUACACCUCUACUCCCAAACCCGCGGAUAGCCCCACAGGCUCCUGUGUGCUCCCUACCUCGCCAGCCGUUCAUCACUCGCCUUGCGGACCGAGCCUCCUGCAUCAUGUGUGGUAUAUUUGCUUACUUAAACUAUCAUGUUCCUCGCACAAGACGAGAAAUCUUGGAGACCCUAAUCAAAGGCCUUCAGAGACUGGAGUACAGAGGAUAUGAUUCUGCUGGUGUGGGAGUUGAUGGGGGGAAUGACAAAGAUUGGGAAGCCAAUGCCUGCAAGAUCCAGCUCAUUAAGAAGAAGGGGAAAGUGAAAGCCCUGGAUGAAGAAGUUCACAAACAACAGGAUAUGGAUUUGGAUAUUGAAUUUGAUGUACACCUUGGAAUAGCUCAUACCCGUUGGGCAACACAUGGCGAGCCCAAUCCUGUCAAUAGCCAUCCCCAGCGCUCUGAUAAAAAUAAUGAAUUUAUUGUUAUUCACAAUGGAAUCAUCACCAACUACAAAGACUUGAAAAAGUUUUUGGAAAGCAAAGGCUAUGACUUUGAAUCUGAAACAGACACAGAGACAAUUGCCAAACUUGUUAAGUACAUGUAUGACAAUCGGGAAAGUCAGGAUACCAGUUUUACUACCUUGGUGGAGAGAGUUAUCCAACAAUUGGAAGGUGCUUUUGCACUUGUAUUUAAAAGUGUUCAUUUCCCUGGCCAAGCAGUUGGCACAAGACGAGGUAGCCCUCUGUUGAUUGGUGUACGAAGUGAACAUAAACUCUCUACUGAUCACAUUCCAAUACUUUAUAGAACAGCUAGGACUCAUAUUGGAUCAAAAUUCACACGGUGGGGAUCACAGGGAGAAAGAGGUAAAGACAAGAAAGGAAGCUGCAAUCUCUCUCGUGUGGACAGCACAACCUGCCUUUUCCCUGUUGAAGAAAAAGCGGUGGAAUAUUACUUUGCUUCUGAUGCAAGUGCUGUCAUAGAACACACCAAUCGUGUCAUCUUUCUUGAAGAUGAUGAUGUGGCAGCAGUGGUGGAUGGCCGUCUUUCUAUCCAUCGAAUUAAACGAACUGCAGGCGAUCACCCUGGAAGAGCUGUGCAAACCCUCCAGAUGGAACUCCAGCAGAUCAUGAAGGGCAACUUCAGUUCAUUUAUGCAGAAGGAAAUUUUUGAGCAGCCAGAGUCAGUUGUGAACACAAUGAGAGGAAGAGUCAACUUUGAUGACUAUACUGUGAACUUGGGCGGUUUGAAGGAUCACAUUAAGGAAAUCCAGAGGUGCCGGCGUCUGAUUCUUAUUGCUUGUGGAACAAGUUAUCAUGCUGGUGUAGCAACACGUCAAGUUCUCGAAGAGCUGACUGAGUUGCCUGUUAUGGUGGAGCUAGCCAGUGAUUUCCUGGACAGAAACACACCAGUUUUUCGAGAUGAUGUUUGCUUUUUUAUUAGUCAGUCAGGCGAGACAGCAGACACCCUGAUGGGUCUUCGGUACUGUAAGGAGAGAGGAGCUUUAACUGUGGGGAUCACAAACACUGUUGGCAGUUCCAUAUCAAGGGAGACAGACUGUGGGGUUCACAUUAAUGCUGGGCCUGAGAUUGGCGUGGCCAGCACAAAGGCUUACACCAGCCAGUUUGUAUCCCUUGUGAUGUUUGCCCUUAUGAUGUGUGAUGACAGGAUCUCCAUGCAAGAGAGACGCAAAGAGAUCAUGCUUGGACUGAAGCGGCUGCCUGAUUUGAUUAAAGAAGUGCUGAGCAUGGAUGAUGAAAUUCAGAAACUGGCAACAGAGCUUUAUCAUCAGAAGUCGGUCUUGAUAAUGGGACGUGGCUAUCAUUAUGCUACUUGUCUUGAAGGGGCACUAAAAAUCAAAGAAAUCACUUACAUGCAUUCUGAAGGCAUCCUCGCUGGUGAAUUGAAACAUGGCCCUCUGGCUUUGGUGGAUAAGUUGAUGCCUGUCAUCAUGAUCAUCAUGAGAGAUCACACUUAUGCCAAGUGUCAGAAUGCUCUUCAGCAAGUGGUUGCUAGACAGGGACGCCCAGUGGUGAUUUGUGACAAGGAAGAUACGGAGACCAUUAAGAACACAAAAAGAACAAUUAAGGUGCCCCACUCAGUGGACUGUUUGCAGGGCAUUCUCAGCGUGAUCCCCUUGCAGUUGCUGGCUUUCCACCUUGCUGUGCUGAGAGGCUAUGAUGUUGAUUUCCCCCGGAAUCUUGCCAAAUCUGUAACAGUAGAAUAAGGAGCAUUUGAAACUCUGGGCGAUUAAGCAACACAAGAGACCUUUUGUAUUUAAAACCUUGAUUUAAAAUAUCACUCCUUUAAACCUUUUUUAGUAAAUCCUUAUUUAUAUAUCAGUUAUAAUUAUUCAACUCAAUUUGUGAUUUUUGUGAAAUUACCUCAUAUUUUUCCAGUAAUUUGUCGGGGAGUUUGAAAAAUGGAAUCUAUAUUCAAAUCAAUAUCAGAAACAGAUUUAGCUUCCAUUUUCUUUAAAGGAGGCUGGGUGUUGGAUUUCUGGACCCUCUACUUCAACCUGAGAGGAUUGUGUGUUUUAAAAGUAAUUGACAUUUAUUGGAAGUUCUGAAGUCAGUGGCAAUGUGUUUGGAUAUUCGAUUAAGGUUUUGCUAAGUUAUGUAAAAAGAGAAGAUGCUGUGAUUUAUUUUGGAAUUUGUUUGUGUACUUAAAAACUAAAAGCUUUACUUGGUGGCAUUUUUACCUAAGUUAACUUUAGUCUCUCAAACUGUUGUUUGUUAUCUGUAGGUCGAUGUAGUUGAGGAAGCUAAACGGUAUAGUAAUGCAUUGGUUUUCUCCAGCCCUUAACAGAAAAUAUUUGUACAGUUUCAUAGCACAAACUUUAAAUUUGAGCUGCUUUGGACAACUGACAACAAGAUCUUAAGUUUGAAGAUGGAAUAUAUAUAUACAUGUUGGAUAAUUGACUGUGUUUUUCAUCUCCUAUAAGUGGUUUUUAUUUCUUUGUAUUUGUAAUUUUUAAAAAUCAAUCACUGCUGAAUGACAUAUUCUAUCUUGUUCUUUGAAAUUACCACACAGAAUUGUCAUCAAAUGUCUCAAAUUAAAUCAGUAUUGAUAUAGUCAGAAUUCUCUUCACCUUUGUCCCAAAGAAGAAUUUCCUGCAGUUAAUUUAACUCGCCUUCACUGUCUUGUAUAAGACUCUUACGUUUGUGCGAGUUUGGAAGCUCUUUGCGGUUGUUUGGAAGAUUUGCAGGUCUUUUAACUAAUCAUUUAUGGUGGGCGAGGCUUAGAAAAAGGUAUAUGUUUUACACAGAAAUUAAUGAAGGAUUACAUCAAAUUCAGUACAGCCAUACCUUGGGAAUAUUGCAGGUUUGGUUCCAGACUGCCGUAAUAAAGUGAGUAUUGCAAUAGAGCAAGUCUUAAUCUUUUUGCUGAUGGAGGGUCUCACCUUCAGUUUGUAAAAAAAAAGCAAAACAUCUGUAAAGCACAAUAAAGUGAAGCA